UUUAGGAUGCAUGUUUUGUGCGCUCAUUCGCAAUGAGCUGCAAACGUAUUCGGGUUGUAAAUAUACGAAAAUUAAAUUAAUACACGAAGAAAAUGACAGAGGCCGUGCUCGAACAAAACAUCUUUAUGCUCAGCGAAAAAAAUGAGCAUGAAAGAAAUCAAAUUGAGCGCCUCUCGAAAUUGCAAUGGUUGAGCGAGUACGCAAUGGACAUCUUUAAAACCAUGAAGGAAUCCGAGAUGCGUCGCCGUCCCAUACUUUUUAUGUCCACCCAAAUGGACCAGCGACCAAGCCUACUUCAGCUGUGUCAAUUGAUCACGAGAACCUAUAGAUUGAGUCGAUGCUCCUUGCAUUUGGCCAUCUAUUAUCUGGAUCGGUUACUUGAUUUCUACACCAUACGCGUGGACAAGCUGGAGCUGAUUGCCAUAAUCUGCAUGCACAUAGCAGCGCAGAUGGAGAAUCAGGACGCCUUCGUGCCGCGUUACAGCGAAAUGAAUCGUCUAAUCAAGAAGUCCUACGCGCCCUUUGAGUACAAGGCCGUGGAGCGUAAGGUGCUCACGUUCUUCGACUUCAAUUUGAUGAGGCCCACGACUGCGAGCUUUGUGGAGAUGUUUGCCUGCAGUUUUCUGACACGCGAAGAUUAUGAAGCCUAUUGCCAGCAACUCGAUGAGCAACCCUCGCUGGCAAUCACAUAUCCGCGCUUCAAUUGCUUUGAACAAAUGCUGGCCGCACUCGCUCAGCUGUUGCUGCGCCUUUCCGAUUACACGCUGAGCAUUAGCAGACUCUGUAACGAACCCCCUUCCCUGUUAGCUGCCAGCUGUAUUGCAUCCACAAGACAACUGUGCGGAGUACCCAAGCGCUGGACGCCCUAUCUAACCCAGUUGACUAGCUACACAGAACAGAUAAUAGAGCCAUGUGUGGAUUGCAUUGUAACCUAUCAUUAUUAUCAACCAGCAACAGAAGCAACACUUUUUACGGACCAACAGCAACAGUUAUCGGAGAGCAGCAAUUGGUCCAGUCCGGAUUCUGGCUUUGAGGAGCAGCUCUUAAAACCCCAUAUUAAAAUUGUCUCCGUUGAGGUGGAACCCUUCGACGUAAUCUCAGUGCAGUUGCAAGGAGCUGGAAAGCGUAAUAGAGAUGAGGACAACGAAGACCAGCAAACGAAGCGUUUCCGAAUGAACGAAAAUGAGGAAAAUACCUAGAAUCGGUAUAUAAGUUAUAAGUAUAUUCUAUAUCUACAUAAUCCAAAUAUGAAUACUUUUUUGUAUUAUCUACCUAUAUUAAGAGAGAUCAAGUGAAGCUUUAGUAUUUUGUUUAUA